AUGGAGAAAGUUUACGAGGAUGACCGGGAAGAAGUUUACUUCGGACAAUCAUCCAGACCUCGACGCAGACCGUCGCGCCGUGAGGUGAAAUUUGAAGAGCGAAUCAUUGACGACAGAGAACAAGAACAGCCGCGGGGAUCAUGGCACCGCGGAGAACCGUCAUUCGAAGAAGAACUGGUUAUGCAAUGGAAGGACAGACCGACACCUCGGGAACUGAAAGAAGAGGAGGAGAUACGCUUACGAGAAACGAGGCGACGGCGUCGACCCAGUCAGCCAGAGCCGAGAUAUGUGCGGGAACCACCACCACGAGAACCGCCUGGGGCUUGGCCGGUUGAGAGGGAGGCGGAAGAGGAAGAAAUUCGCAUCCGCGAGCGCAGACGCUCAAAACCGCGGCGUCGGGAAGUUGAUGAUGAAGAAGAUAUUCUGGUCCGUCGAGAGGAGCAUGGCCGGGAGCGUGGCAGGGAUAGUGCGGAGAGUGAUGAGAUACUCAUUCGAAAGAGCAAACGAAGGUCCCCACCGCAAGAUCCAUCUCCGUCACCGGAGCCUAUCCGGGCUCCUCCAAUUCACCAGGACGUUAUCACGCAUCACCGGCAUGUUGAUCAUGGAUUCGAUACAGCCCGUCCGCCACGGGCACCGAGUCCAGAGAUAUCUUCCACGAGAAGCAGCUUUGACGAAAUCGAUAUCCACCAUCGAAGCAAAAAGGACAAACGGGGCCGCAUGUCAGAGGAAGAAAUUGUCUUCAAACACCGCGACAAAGACGAAUCUGUAUCACCGACCAGUGGCCCAUCACUCGACUUCAGUGAUCCCUGGAAGCCGGUCCAACCUUCACGUCGUAAUCGCAAACCCAGAUCCCUGGAUGACGAAGAAACCGACUCUUCCAUCGCAGGAAGCUCCUCCCAGACUACUUCGCGGCGUGAAAUUCCCCGUGACCUGGAACUUGAAGUUGAAGCCGAGAUCGAGGAGGAGAUAAAGAUACACAAGAAAAAAAUGAAACACCGCUCGCCCAUCGAGAAAAUCACCAAGGAGAACGUUGACGAGUGGUCCGUCGUUCAUACACCCGCAAAGGAAGACGUCGUUGAAAUGACCGGUGCCCUCGAGGUCGUCGAAGUCGCACCUAAGGGAGCCCUAGAAGAAGACCUUGAAAUCCGCGGACGGGUCGAGCAACAAGUCGUGAAAGAGCGUCGUGAUGAACGCUGGACAGAGAUUACCAAGGACCUGGUAGUCCGCGACGCUAUCGAACGACUUGGCUAUGAGUUUGAGGAGACGAGAACAUUUUAUUACAUCUUCUCAUUUCUAGAACCGGCUGAUAUCGACGAACUCGUCGAACUCUCCGAUGAGAUCCGCCACGCAAGACGUCGACGUAUUAGAGAGAUGCAUCGCGAACGAGCGGAGAAACCAUCGUGGCCUAUGCCUAUGCCCGUCAUGGAUCGGAUGCCCCCUCGGCCACGGAUGACGGGCAAGAGGCAUAUAAGAGAGCGGGAGUGGAUCAUCGAUGAGAGGAUGUGA